UUUUACAUUCUCUUUGGAUAUAAAUAAAAUAAUAAAUAUAAAUAUGAAAUAAAAAUGAAGUAAAUGUAGUAUGGAAAAACAAUAAAUCCAUUAAAUAAUAUAAAAUUAAUAUGUAACUGAGAAUAUUAUACCUACCUACCAAUAAUAGUUAUAAUGUUAGGAGUUGGAACCGUAACAUAAUGCCGCUCAAAAAACGGAGGACGUUCAAACGAAAAAAAAUUACGUUAUUCCCGAAUACUUACAUCAAUUUAUUUUCUAUUGACAGAAGAGCGUCUGUCAGGUCAGGUAGUAUACUAUUAUGUGAAAAGAAUUUUUCCCCGACCCAUUAGAUUCAUUAAAAUGUAAAGCCAUUCCGUGUUAACAGAAAUUGACUAAGCAUGGAUCAGCACCAAAACGAAUUGUAUCAGGUACUAAACAUAUCAUAGAGUACCGAAAUCGUCCCGGUCACAGUAGUUUUUUCAAGAAACGUAGCGACCGAAACGGAGUGCCUGAAAUAUUAUCUCCGUUUAAUAUUGGAACACAAUCACACAUGAUAAACAAGAAACCACUCUGUAAAAUGUCACAUCAAAGAAACUAUGCCUACGUAGGCUUAUCAAACAAGGAGAAGAGUUACGUGAUUAGCAGUUGCAAUACAAAUUCAAAAAAUUUUGCCAGACUGAAAAGGCUAGCUGCAGAAGCGGUUGAAGAAAAUAAAAUAUUUUUAAUAAACGGUACUUGUAAUGCAGUUAGAAAAGCUUUAUUAGACCGUGGAUGGGUUGAGAAGCUCACUAUAAACAAAAUGAACCUUAACAAGAUUCGAAAUGGAACAUAUUCUAAUCAAUUAGAUAUAACAGGUGAACUAGAAAGACUUCUUUUAUCAAAUUUUGUUGAUAAGUACUUACCAAAUUUUAUUUGGCGAACAAGGGACGAUAGGGGCGAUACCACUAUAGAUAUGAAAAAAAAUCAUAACACCAUUAUCAAUAAAUUAGAAAUAGAUGCAAAGUGGACUUCGAAGCAGGGACUGUGUUCAUCUAUUAAAAGGAAUUAUUGGUUUUAUAUCGAGGGGGUAGCUGAAGUUAGUGGACCUCGAUCCUAUAACAUAUCAGAACCUGGUGAAAUUGAAGAUUUUGUAAAUGAUUACAAAAUUACAGCAUGUACAAGUUUAUUAAAAUGGGUUUUGUCAAUGAAAUCGAAUGAUAUUUCUAUAUUUGAUCCACUUGGAACAGUUUCAAUCAAAGCUAUUGUGUUUGCUUUAGACAGAUGUAAAGAAUAUCUAUAUCGAAAGACUAACAAAGAUAUUGAUCGUGAACUAUCUCCAAUCAGUGAAAGACGCUGGAACUCUUUCUUGAAAACAUAUUACUGCAUUAUUUCUAAUGACGAAGUAUUUCAAGCAAUUGAAAAUAAUAAAUUAUCACUGUAUUUAAGCUACGCAGAACUUUUGCUAAAGGAAAUGUAUAAGUAUAGACCACAAUUAGGUUGUGAAGGAUGCAACAAUAUUUGGAUAAUAAAACCAGGACAUUGCUCGAGAGGUAUAGGAAUUCGAAUGGCAUCUAAAUUUGGUGUUAUAAUGGAUCUACUUAGUAAGUCCAAUAACAAACACGUAAUUCAAAAGUAUAUCGAAGACCCCUUGCUUAUACAUGAAACUAAAUUUGAUAUUCGGCAGUAUUAUUUAGUAACUAGAACUUAUCCUUUGGUAAUUUGGAUGUACAAAGACUGUUACUUAAAAUUUAGCUCACAAAAGUAUAAUUUACAAAAUUAUCAUGAAUCAAUUCACUUGACAAAUAAUGCUGUGCAAAGAAAAUACAUUAAUUGCAAUAACAGACAUACUGAGCUGCCAACGAAUAACAUGUGGGAUUUAGAAAAAUAUAGAAAAUAUUUGUCUAAAAUAGGAAAAGAAAGGGUUUGGGAUAAUAUAAUAUAUCCCGGAAUGAAAAAAUCAGUAAUAAGCAUAAUGUUAAGCUGUCAAGAUUCUUUAUCAGUUUGCAAGAAUCGUUUUGAAUUAUACGGUUGUGACUUUAUUUUGGAUCAAGAAUACAAGCCAUGGCUGAUUGAAAUAAAUUCCAGUCCAGAUCUGCAUAGCACAACUCAAAUAACAGCAAAAUUGUGCCCUGCUGUAGUGACCGAUAUUAUCAAAGUUAUUAUUGAUCACGCCAAUGAUCCGAAUGCAUCCACUGGUAAAUUCGAGUGUAUUUAUAAACAGCCAAUGAGCAUUCCUAAACACGUCACUGCAGCAGAAUUAAUCGUUCGUGGUGUUUCUUUACGAAGUGAUUAUUUCUACAAAGGAAACAUUCAAAUAAAAGAGUCUGACCCUGCGGUUGACACGAAGAAUGCCCGCUCAAUUCUUAAGAGGCUCGUUCAGCCUGAUAUUGAGUUAAAUGUGGAAAAGUCACAAACACUUUGCUCAUUAUCUGCAAAUGAAAUUAAAAGAUUGCAAGAAUUUGAAAUUAAAAUAGAAAAGGACUCUCUUUAUAUUAUGAAUUCACAUACACAAUUACUAUCUAAAGAGCCCCAAUAUAAUUUACAAAAUGUGUGUGGGUUAACAAAUCUACCUUCAUUUUUAGAAAAAUCGGAGGAUUAUUUAAAGUUAAAAGAUGUAAAACGGAAUAUUAAUAGUAAUUGGGAAAUGGACGAUGAACUCAACACAACAAGAAAAGAUAAACUUAUAUUCGGAAGAGGUAGUCUUAAUAUAGACUGCAAUGUAUUCAAUAAAAAACCAUGGAACGGUUACAUCAAUCGUUAUAUCCAUAACGAAAACCUACAGGAAACGACUAUAAAGAAUUUCAUAAGGAGAGAUAGUAUGGUUCUUGCAACUUCUAAGAUUAUAUCAUUUAUUGACGAAAAGGAAAAAGAGUAUCUCAAUCUGCAAUAAAAAGUUAUCUAUAAA